AAUGGGGAAGGAGAAGGCUCCAGCACCUAUUGCUGCUGGGGCUCUGGGUCCCCUGGUGGCUGGGCAGCUGUGGGGGCUCUGACUGCUGCUCUGGGGGCUCCCCACCCCCUGUGGUUCAGAGCUCUGGGGGCCCCUUGACGCCCAUGGCAGCUGGGAGAUGCCGGGCCCCAUCGCCCGUGGCAACUCAGAGCGCUGGGGGCCACCUGUGGGGUACUCUCUCGGCCUGCAGCAGCUCAGAGCUCCAGGGGGUAGCUCUUGGCUGCCACAGGUGGUGAGGGGACCCCGCAGCUCCAAGUUGCCAUGGGCUGAAGUCACAGAGGUCUCUGGAAGUCACAGAUUCUGUGACCUAUGUAAUAAAAUCAUACCCUUACUUAUCUGUUCUGACCCCCUCCCAUUCACAGAGUGAUCAUUAGUUCCUUAGUUUCCCUUUGAGGCCUGAUUGUCUCAUUCCCAGAUAAUCUCACAUUACUCCAGGCCGUGCAUUUCAUGUUUGUACAUUUUCUCCCUUAUGCACCAGAUGCUAAAAAAUGGAGAGCAGGGACAGUAAAAUGUGGUGUUUUAGCUUCUGUGCUAUUUCGGGGCGAUAGGGUGAGUCUGAGGGAUUCCCUCCUUCCCCCAUCACUGUCGCACUCCACUCUCGACACAGCAGCCUCUGCCUCAGCAGUGCAGAGUUUUAUCCUGUCCCCAUUCUACCCCUCUACCUCCUAAGGUGUCACUUACCACUGUGUCCCUGGCUCUCCACGCUUAGGAAUCACAGUUUUGAUGUCUAUGAUCCUAAGUCAGACCUUGGAGGGCUGGAGAAGAAAGUGUCACAGACCUGGCGUGGGCAGGGAACUCCCAAUGAACCUUAAAGCACAGUUUGACCUUUCAGAUCUUAUAGCCCUGUAAAAUUUCCAUCUAUUGGUAAAAUUGCUUCCUGGCUUUUGCUAGGCUAGUUCAGAUGAUUUGUAGAUGAGAAUUUUUUUUGUCUUUCUUUCUCUUUCUUUUAUUAUAUUCACACUAAAACUUUUGCAACUAAUACAAUCAAAUAAUGAGGCAAGAAAUGAAGCCGGUUUAGUCGCUUCAGAAGAAAAUGGGUAAAUUUAUUUUCUUGAUUUUGAGUCUUAAACGAUUCUCUGAGAUUUCACUUUGUGAACAUGACAGUGUUUUAUAGCCCACCCUGGAUUGUGGGUGAAGGCCAUUUGGUCACAUACUUUGAUAUUAGUUUAGUUUGACAGAAUGUAGGUCAGAUUCAUUGAUGACUUCACAAGACAAAUGAUCGUUUGCCAGAAUCAUCCUUUUUUAGAUUUUAUUUUAAUCUUUAUCUAACCCUUUGUCAUGAGAUUUUUUUGUGUGGUUUGAACAAUGACAGUGAUCAGUAUCUCUCAGCACAAAGUCUGAUGGUGCAGAUACGUUCACAGUGAGCCCGAAAUGGGGAAUGAAGUUACUGCCUGAUCCCUGCAGAGAGGUGAGGUACUGUCCGGAGGAGGAGAAAGGGUGGGGCUCAGAGCUGGGAACUGCUGGGUUUGCUCCUCAGAGCCAGACGGCUGAGGCUGAGAACUGUGAACUCGCUGCAUUAGAGCCAGAGAGCAACUAGACUUGGCCAGUGAGUUUCUUGUGAAGCUGCCCCUGAAAUCUAAAGAACCAUGAACGACACCCCAAAAAAGAAUGAUGCGGGAGGGGCAGCAUCUCCCUAUUGCUGAGAUGCCAAGGUUGGGCGCAGGCAAGAAGGGAGCCGGGGAUGUCAACAGACCUGGGCAACCUUGAAGCCAGGCCGACCCCCAUCACUGAGGCCAGAGGGAGAUGAGGAACCUGACAGCCCAGCUGAUCACCCCCUCCCCAGUGUCCUGUGUUGAGAUGACAGAGACUCUCUUUGCCCCACUCACCCCACACUGCAUCCCUCUUAUGACUAACCCCCUGUGUCCCAUGUUCACCGCUUGUGUACGGUUCUGAUAUAUUGUGUACAACAUAUGCCUGGUGAGGGAUCACUGGAAAACUUGUUUAAUCAAUGCUGUUCUCAAGCUGGGGCUUCCUUUGACUGGCAACAUUGAUUCCCUCCCUCCCCCAGCUGAGCAGGAGUCCCACCCCCGCCUGUGGCGGCUAGGGAGCCCGCAGGGACUGGGGAGCCGCGGGGGAUUCCCCCCAGAUGUAGUGGCUUCCUGCUGGGUGUGGCAAGGGAGCACCCAUCGGCCGCUGCCGGAGCUUCUUCCGUGCAGAAGCCGCAGCGCUGCGUUCCUGCCCAGGUUAGGAAGCGGGCGAUGGGCAGUUUUCUGCUGACUCCUUUUCAGGAUCAGAGGAGGGAGCCUAGCAGCGAUUCAAGGCAGUGAGCCCAGCGGUUUGAACAUCUCCCUGUCCCUUUAAGCACGUUUCAAGGGUAAGAAGAAGGCAACGACACCCGCAUUGCAGCCUAUGGUUCGGGCAAAGAGCCGCAUCUCAGCUACACUAACAUAAGACCGGCCAGACUGGGUCAAACCAAAGCUCCAUCUAGCCCAGUAUCCUGACAGUGACCAAUGCCAGGUGCUCCAGAGAGAAUGAACAGAACAGCCUCCAGACCGGCAAGUGGCAGCCAGCCCAGCCCCUGCCUCUUCCACCAGCACAGGGCCUGGCAAGGGGGAGAGAGGGGUGAAGAGCCCCAGGAGCUGCCGAAGGAGCAGAGUUACAGGUUAACUCUGUCUGAGAACAGAUACAGGCUCGGCUUUGAUCUUUAGACCUGGAAGUAAUAAAAAUAUUCCAUAAAUGCCAGAUGAGCAACAAGAUGAUUUUUUUUUUCAUGGGUUUGCUAAGGGAAGUUUCGUUUUGGGAGCGAGGUGAAAAUUUUGAAGGGAUUUGAAGGGAAAUUCCAGGGAUACCUGGAAAAGAGCCUGGUGGAUAAUCAGCUGAACAUGAGCUCCCUGGAAAAUAAGCCUGCUGCCGCCAUGGCAACUUACCUUUCGGUAGGACUAGGUGUGCGUCUUUAAGGACUGAGUGACUGUACUGUUCCUGUUACUUCUCCGCAUUUAUUUUCUGAGUGGAUCGAAGCAUCAAGAGAGAGACACUUCUGUUCAGUGGAAAUCAAACCAAACCUUUCAAUUAAAUCCACGAGGAGAAGCGGAUCAAAAUAAUUAAUUAUGCAGGCUCAUAAAUGGAAAGACUUGCUUGCAAUGGGAGAGAAGAGAUGAAGGCUUAAGAGAAGCUGUAAGAACUGAUGAGAUCAUGAAAACACUGGGAAACUUCUGCCCGGGAUCCAUCAGAUAGUUACAAUGAAAAUGAAAUUAUCGUCUCUCCAUCAUGGCUCCACAGCAAGCAUCUCUCUGCCUGGUUUCAUCAUUUUCUUCAUUAAUUUACCGAUUCACAACUUGGAGUCAGCCGAGUUCACAGUCAUCGGACCGGAUCAACCAGUCACUGCUAUUGUGGGUGAGGACAUUGUGUUACCCUGUCACUUGUCACCCCCAAUGAGUGCUGAGGACAUGGAGGUGAGAUGGUUCCGGUCCCAUUACUCUUUACUUGUGCAUCGCUAUCGUAAUGGAAAGGAUCAGAUUGAAUAUCAGAUGCCAGAAUAUACAGGAAGGACAGAGUUUCUGAAAGACGGCAUCAGAAAUGGAAGUGUCGCCUUGAGGUUACAUAAUAUCAGACCCACAGAUGAGGGACAAUACACGUGCUAUUUUGAGUCAACUUCCUUUUAUAAAGAUGCCCAUUUGGAACUAAAGCUGGCAGCUCUAGGCACUGGUCCUCUCAUCUCUGUUGAGGGUUAUCAGGAUGGAGGGAUCCGAGUGGUGUGCCGAUCGGCCGGGUGGUACCCAGAGCCUGAGGUUUUCUGGAGAGAUCUCACUGGACGACAUUUACCGUUGCUGUCUGAAACAAAACUCCAAGGGGAUAAUGGCCUGUUUGAAACAGAAACUUCUGUAAUCAUAACAGAAACCUCAAACCAGAACAUCUCCUGUUCCAUUAGGAGCACAAUCCUCAAACAAGAAAAGGAAUCAACAAUUUAUAUAGCAGAACUUUUUUUCCCGAAGAAAUCUCCCUGGAUCGCCAUUCUGUGCACCAUCCUGGUUAUUCAGGGUUUUUUUAUUGGCCUCUUAAUUUAUCUCUUGACAACAAAAGAGAAGAGGGCUGCAGAACAUAGGUGGAGAGACUGCCUUACAGAAGCAGAGAGGGUGACCCUGGAUCCAUGCACAGCAAAUCCCAACCUCAUCUUGUCGAAGGAUGGGAAAACAGUCAGACUGGAAAGCGCAGAUGAGAAGCUGCUCGCCAAUCAUGAGGGAUUUAGUUAUUCUCCCUGUGUGCUGGCCUCUGAGGGAUUCACCUCUGGGACACAUUAUUGGGGGGUGGAAGUUGGGAGCAAAGGAGGCUGGGCUGUGGGGGUGGCCAGAGAGUCUGUGAGGAGGAAGGAAGGAGUAGUGAUCCUUAAUCCUGAGGAGGGGGUCUGGGCUGUAGAGCGACAGUGGUGGGGUAAGUUCUGGGCUCUCACUAACCCUAUGACACACCUGUCCCUAAGUAGGAAACCUGAGAAGAUUCGGGUUUCUCUGGACUAUGAAGGGGGGCAGGUGGAAUUUUUCGAUGCUGAUAAUGUGAAACCGUUCUACACUUUCCACUCGGCCUCUUUCGCUGAUGAGAAAAUCUUCCCUUUCUUCCGGGUUGGGGGUGCAGGAGCCCACCUCAGACUGUGUCCGUGAAAAAGGGUACAUUAUUCCACUUGGACUCACUCAGAUGUGUUCUCAUCAACUUAGGAUAUCUUUCAUUCAGUUUAUAAAGAUCACUUACAGCUCCUCUUUAGCUUCGUACUAAUUCCCUGUAAAUAAAGAAAUUUUGAAAUAA